AGGUUAUCACAGCAAUAUAGGAGAAAAAUUUACAUAUAUUUUAUCGCUUGUUCCGGCAUUGUUCUGGUCACAAAUUCUCACUGUAAAUGUAUAGUAUUUAGUGCCUUAAGUUAUAGUACAUAUAUAUAUAUACAUAUAUAUAAAGCUUAACUAAAAUCUGAAGUGCAUAAAUGCUGUCGUCAGCCUGGAAAAGUGUUGCGACCAGCAUUGAGACACAAUUGACUUCCUAUUACUUUCGAGGUUCGUCCAAAUUGGCAGCCAGCCGAGUUGCUGCUGCUGCCACUGUGUCUCAUUCUUCCUCUGGUGCUGGUGCUGGUGGCGGAUCAUUAAAGCGGUUUCUGGGUGUCCAAAACUGUCACGUCAAUUUACAAAAGCUUCGAACAAUUGGCGUUAGAGGCAUGCAUAGCUCACUGGAGGAUGUCAAGUUGGAGAGCAUGCAGGUGAAGAUUUUGCCGGCACUGCAGGACAACUACAUGUAUCUGAUUGUGGACAAUAAGACUCGCGAGGCGGCGAUUGUGGAUCCGGUUGAUCCCGAGCUGGUCAUCAAGACCGUUCAGGAGGAGAAUGUUAAAUUGAAUAAGGUGCUGACGACACAUCAUCACUGGGAUCAUGCCGGCGGCAAUGAGAAACUGGUCAAGUUGUGGUCCGGUGAACUACAGGUGUACGGCGGCGACGACCGGAUCGGUGCAAUGAAUCAGAAAGUUAGCCAGGAUGUCACCUUCAACAUUGGCGAACUCAAGGUGCGCUGUCUGUCAACGCCAUGCCAUACAACCGGCCACAUUUGCUACCAUGUCACCAAUGGGCAGAAUGCCGGCGCAGUGUUCACCGGUGACACACUCUUUCAGGGGGGCUGCGGCCGUUUCUUUGAGGGCACGCCCGAGGAAAUGUAUGAUGCGCUGUGCGCCAAGCUGUCUGCGCUGCCCGAUGACACCAAGGUGUUUUGUGGGCACGAGUAUACGCUGCAGAACAUGAGCUUCGCACGCCAUGUGGAGCCCGACAAUAAACUAAUACAGAAUCGCAUUGAGUGGGCCAAAUUGCGUCGCGCCUCCAAGGAUCCCACAGUGCCGUCAACCAUUGGCGAGGAGAAGUCGUGGAAUCCAUUUAUGCGCGUACAUGAGGCCACUGUGCAGCGUCAUGCCGGCGGUGAGAAAAAUCCUAUUUUGACCAUGGGUGCGUUGCGUAAGGAAAAGGAUAAUUUUAAGGCUUAAGCUGAAUGAGUUAAUAAACGUUGUUGAAUUCGA